AUGUCCUCUAGCACAAGCAGCAAUUCACCAUCCCCAUCCUCUGAUUCUGUGCAUCUUCUUGUCCUCGUACAUGGCAUGUGGGGAAACCCAGGUCAUCUUGCCGAAAUGGAGCGAAUAGUUAAGGAGGUGCAACCUGAGCUUCAUGUGCUUUUGGCAGAAACGAACAAGGAGGACUCGACGUAUGAUGGAAUUGACUGGGGUGGCGAGAGAGUUGCGCAGGAGAUUGUCCAAGAAAUCGCUCAUCUCCGUUCACAAGGGAAACAUGUCCGUCGAUUCAGCAUCACCGGAUACAGUCUCGGGGGGUUAGUAUCCCGUUACGUCGUUGGCAUUCUAACCCAACGUGGAUUAUUCUCCCCUGAUUCUCCCGACGUUAUUGUUCCAGUCAACUUCAACACCAUUGCUACACCCCACUUCGGAUUAGUCAAAUAUAAUUCUUUCUUCUCUGCCAUCUCGCGCACACUCGGUCCCAAGCUUCUUAGUAGAACUGGGGAACAGUUUUACUGUGUCGACAAAUGGGGGAAGAGCGGGAGGCCCUUGUUGGAUGUUAUGUCAGACCCGAAUCUGAUUUUCUUUCAAUCCAUGGCCCAGUUCAAACAUGUGAGGAUUUAUGCAAACGCACUCAAUGAUCUAACGGUGCCAUACGUUACCGCGGCGAUUGAGACGGAAGACCCAUUUGCAGAGUAUGAAACAAAUGGACUACAGAUUGAAUAUCGUUCGGGACAUCAUCCCAUACUCUCUUCGUACACACUUCCAUCCUCUCUUCCACCCAAAUCUCGGUCAAAGUUGCACGCUCCAUUAUGGCUCCGGUCCCACUCCACCUUAUCUGUCUCCACAGAUAACCCGGACCACAAACCUAUCAUUCAGAAGACGCCCAUUUUACCUCCCUUCCUUAAUUUCCGUUUUCCAGUAAACAUCCUUGUAUACGCGUCUAUUCCAAUUCUCAUACCGAUGAUACUCACACUUGCCCUCGUACGCCUAUCCCUCGCUUCACGGUCUUCAAAAGCUCGAAUAUCGCUUCUGGAAAAAGAAUACAAGUCUGGGCAACAAACUUUAGCUCAAGCGUUAGUUAACUUCGAGAAAGAGGUUGAAGGCGCAGUGGCAGAUCUGAUCAACGAAUCGGAUCCAUCGUCUGUGCUUGCUGUACCGCAGGUACAUCACUCAGCACAUCCUAUUCUUUCUCCCCUUCAGAAAACAAUUUGUGCCCGAUUGAAUUCUAUUCCACAUCUUCAAAAGGAAAGGGCGCUCAUCACCGGUUUGCGAAAUACUCAUUCUACAAUCAUUUCGAGGGAACCGAAGGUGUGGGAUAAGAAUGGUGUUGGUUUGGGCGUAUUGAGGCAUUGGGCUGGGUCGUUGCAGUUGUCGGUAGAGGCUAUCUGA